CAACAAGUAAACAUUGCGAACGCACUGUUACUUUUUCAAAUUUAUUUACCAAAAUUCACAAUAAUAGUCCUUUUCAAUGUAAAGUAAGGUUCUUAUAACUAGAAUUUAGCCAUUUUAAUGAAUGAGAAUAUUUGUUAUUCAGGCAACUGCGAAAAAAUAGAUUUUAUAUCACGAGAUGCACGUAUUACCAUGUGAAUUUACAAUAAUGUACGUGUAAAUGUUCCUUUGGUGAUUGUUAAAAGUAUAUUACUGACUGCCAGUUUGUAUUUGUGUGAUAGUGGACAUGUGAAAAAGCCAUUCUUAUGUCCUUGAUGCUAUAUUGCGGACACCCUUGGCACACCAAAACAAACGUGGGAUUGUGGGUGUGACGGAAUGGUGAGCUCUGAUUGGCUGUUUUGUGCUCUCAAGGUCAUUUGGACGUGUAUAAGAGGGGUUCGUGCUCAUAUUUUGACACUUACUUCGACUUAUUUUGUACACUUGUGUGGUAUACUUGAUACGGUAAAUUGAAGCAGUCUUCACCAUGUUUCCUAGAUCCAUUUGAAUGCUCAAGCAGUACCAGGGGCCCAAGAGCAAUACACAUUUGGAACGUUUUAUCAGUUUCAUACAGCUGUAGAAGUAUAUACCACUCCAGUACCAUCCCACUCCAAUAAUGUCAACAGAGACGAACAAUAUGGUGAAUGGACAUUCAUCAAUGAAUGGAGACAUUUCAUCUGAUGAUGACCCCAUGCCAAAUGGUCAAUUUGAUGAGGGGAAGAAUAUGGAAGAAGAGGAGGAGGAUACUGAAGUUUUGAAAGAUCCUUUUUGUGACCCCGAGCAUCCAAGACAGAUUCAGUUUCAGGACAUUAGUGCUGCUGCCUACAAGAUCAAAAAUGGAGUCCAGAAGACGCCAUGUACAUGGUCCACUAUGUCACAUCACUUCAAAACAGAUAUUUAUUUCAAGAAAGAUUUUCUACAAGUAACAGGAAGCUUCAAAGAAAGAGGAGCGAGAUACACCCUCCAGAUGUUAUCCAAGGAGCAGAAAGCUCGUGGUGUGAUAGCAGCCAGUGCUGGGAACCAUGCCCUAGCCCUGGCAUAUCAUGGGCAGGAGCUGAAGAUCCCAGUCACUGUGGUGAUGCCAGUGGUGGCUCCACUCAUGAAGAUCAACCUGUGUCAACAGUAUGGGGCACGUGUUAUUGUAAAGGGAGUGGAUAUUGGAGAGUCUAGAGAACAUGCUAUGAGACUUGGGAAGAAACAACAGUUACAGUAUAUCAAUGGGUAUGACCACCCUCACAUCCUGGCAGGCCAGGGCACCAUGGGCUUGGAAAUCAUGGACCAGGUGUCUGAUGUGGAUGCUGUGAUUGUGCCAGUAGGUGGUGGAGGCCUGAUAGCAGGGCUAGCUCUGGCAGUCAAGAGCCUUAGUCCUGAAACACUGGUCAUUGGUGUGGAGUCUGAAAGAUGUUGCAGCUUUUCCAAUGCUCUAAAGGCAGGCAAGCCUAUCUAUACUAAGGCCUCCUCCACUCUGGCAGAUGGUCUGGCUGUCCCCACAGUUGGUGUAAAUGCGUUGGCGACUGCUGCCCCAUUGGUUGACAAAAUGGUUGUUGUAAGUGAAGAAGCCAUUGCUCUGUCCAUCCUGAGACUGAUAGAGAUAGAGAAGGCAGUGGUUGAGGGAGCAGGUGCCACAGGUCUGGCUGCCCUCAUACAGGGGAAACUACCCGAAUUGGAAAACAAACGGGUUGUCAUUGCUCUGUGUGGUGGUAACAUUGACACAACAAUCCUUGGGCGUUGCAUGGAGAGAGGGCUGGCGGCAGAUGGACGCCUGUGUACAUUUACAGCUACGGUCACUGACAGACCAGGAGGGAUUGCUGAGCUGGCCAAGUUGCUGGCACAGAUGGGAGCCAGUAUCAAGGACAUAUACCAUGAAAGGGCAUGGCUAAAAGCUGACAUAUUCUCAGUUCAGGUAAAGGUAACCGUGGAGACACGAGAUAAAGAGCAUGCACGGGAACUGGAGCAAGCGCUGCGAGCAAAAUAUGCACAUGUAUACUGGGGCCCACAGAAGGAUUGCAACAAGCAGGAAUGCAUGUGAAAGAUUGCUACACAAUUUAACACACUAAUUUUAUAGGGAAUGGUUAAAUUCUUUGAAGUGUUAAAAUUGGUUUUUAUUUUAAAGUUGUCAUUAUAGAUAUUUCUUUCAUUUAAUGAAAGUGCCCUUACCUUCUCCUGUAAAGGAGGUCAUGUAUACAGCGGUGUUGGUUUUUAUGUUUUUUCUAGUGGAUCACAAAGAGUUCUGCACAAAUUUUGAUGAAAUUUUCAUGUAAGUCAGUUAUUUAGAAGGGAAAAAAGUGAUGACAAUGCCAACCGAAUCCAGGUUUCCUAAUAAUUUUUUGAAGCGUUUUUGUUUCUGUAAUCACUUUCAGUAACUGCCUUUUCCUGGGCAUAGGUUUGUGCUCUUGAAGUCCUCUCCUGUUAUGAAUGCUUUUGAGUGUUUUUUAUGUCAGGGCUAGACAGUUAUGUUUGAUUCUUUAUGGUAUUGAAGUCUGUUUUCCCCUUUUUCCCCCUCUAUUAUUAAUAUAUUUAGAUAAUCACAAUUGAUAUUUGUGCUGUAAAUUUGUGUAUAUAAGUGAGAGGCUGAAAGUUUGUGAUAAGCCACCGGUGAAAACGUUUUUUUUUUUUUUUUUUUUCACUAAUUUCUUUUGACACUAUUUAAAGCCGCCAAACUUACAUUGUAACUGUGUAUUUAUAUCUUGUACUGGUAAUGUUGGGAGAAAUGCUGCUUCAUGCUUAACUAAAAAAAGUCACAUUAGUGAAAGGUUAAAAAAAUAUAUCAGUUUUGCAUAAUAUUUUAUGAAAACUCUGUACAUACAAGUUAUGUGGGUGGUUGUGGCAGUUAUAGUUCUUUUGUUAGACCAGUUUGUUUAGUGUUCUCAUAUUUAAUAAACUACACUUUAGCAGGAGUUUUAAAUACGACAACACUGCAUAAUCUGGCCAGUGUGUUGAUCUCUGUUCAUUCCAUGAUACUUCAUCCAUGAAAAGUAAAAAUAAAGAAAGAAAAUAAUUAAUAGAUAAUAUGUGUAGCUAAUGAUAGCUAUCUUAAUUAGUGGAACUUAAAAAGAGAUCAAAGUGUUCUCAAGUAAAUCACUUAUUCAAGUUAAAAGCAAUAUUU